AUGACAAUGAUGUCAAUUGUCAUUUUUCAUUCUUAUAUUUUCUCCAAUUUUUCUUUGGAUUGUUGAAAAUUUCUAAAUAAGUUGUGUUAGUUUUUUGUACUAUAAUAAUCUUCAUAGAUUUUAAUAUCAUUGUACAAUGAAUACUCAGAGUCGUAAAAGAAAGUAUACAGAUAAGAUGGAACCUGAAAAUGGUGAUUUAAUUCCACCAAAAGGCAAAUAUCAAGUGAUCCAAGAUGUUGAUGAGGAAAAUUUAUCCAAUAUUUUAUUUGGCGAUUCAAACUUAUUCCUUAAAAGUCUAGAGGAAGCUGUAAAUGGUCCGCAAAGAGCCCAUAAUGUGGAUUCUGGCAUUGAAAGUGGAACUUCUGAAGAAGAAACAUCCAGUCGGAAACCAGCAUGGACAGAUGAAGAUGAUGCAGGUAUUGAUGUAGGAGAGGCUCUAAAGGCACAAAAACGGAAGUUACCCUCUGGUGGGAUAAAUAAUCGUAAGAAUAAGUAUUCAAAUCUCUUGAAACAGAAAUAUGAAGCUAUCGUAAGCACACCUAAUUGGGCUAACCUAAAAAAAACUAAAUCAUCGUUAGCUGAUUCAGAUGAAGAAAUACUUGGCUCGUGCGGGUUUAUUAAAACAGCAGAGAAGACAUCUUUGCCACACAGAUUGUUGGAAUUUAAGAAACUCAAAGAUUUAAACACUGAAACUUAUACAGAGGGUCCAUAUAUAAACUCUGUUGAAUUCCAUCCAAACUCAAGUGUUGCAUUAGUAGCUGGCUACAAAGGAGUUGCUACCUUGUUUGCUGUUGAUGGAAAAAGAAACAGUAAAUUGCACAGUGCUGCAUUUGAGAAAUUUCCAAUUUUUUGCUCAAAGUUCACAAAAAACGGAGAUGAAGUAAUAUUAGGCUCUAGACAUGCUCAUAUAUAUAGUUAUGAUCUUUUGACUACAAAAGCAUUACGAUACAAAUUACCAACAGGCAUAACACAGUGUAAAAAAUUUAUUGUUUCACCCGAUCAAAAAUAUUUUGCUGUUCAAGGGAAAUGGGGUGAGAUUCAUUUAUUCUCAACUUCAACAAAAGAUAAGUUAGCUACACUUCAGCAAGAUAGUGAUGUCACAGCCUUGGAAUAUGACUCUGAAGGAAAUUUACUAUUCGGCCACUCAGAUAUGGGAAAAGUAACAAUAUGGGAUAUGAACACUCGGCGAGUUAUUCAUAAGUUCAUUGAUGAAGGAUGUUUGCAAGGAACUUCUGUAGCCGUUUCAUCAUCUAAUCAGUUUCUAGCUACGGGAAGUGCUCAGGGUGUUGUAAAUUUAUAUAAUAUGCAAGAUGUUCUUAAAAAUAGUCAGCCGAAACCGCAAAAGAGUAUUUUGAAUCUAACGACAUCAAUAUCUGAUAUUAAAUUUAACAGUAGCAGCGAAAUGUUAGCACUAUAUUCUUCAGAAAUCAAAAAUUCUAUCAAAUUGUAUCAUAUUAAUUCGAAAAAUGUUUUUAGCAACUUUCCUCCCUUUGAAAGUAAACUAGGCCAUAUAAAUUGUAUAAAUUUCUCUCCAGGUAGUGGAUUUUUAGCACUAGGAAAUAGAAAAUCAGUUGUAUCAUUGUUCAGGUUGAAACAUUAUAAGCAUUAUUAGGUUUUCAACAUUAUAUAAUUAAUUGCUUUUCUGUGUAGAUAGUUUAUUUUGAUAUAUCUUUAAACUACUGUUUAAUUGAAUUAAUUGUGAACAUUUUAUUGGAAUAAGUUUUCUCUUUAUAUUUGUGUUCUAUAUCUAAAAUAGUUUUAAUUUAUAGUUACAUUUCCACAAACAUUGUUAAGCGUAAAUUUUAAAAUAAUUAUAUUUAGAGAAUCAAUUAUUGUAAAAUUAUCACAUAAAUAAAAAGUAUACGUUUA